GCCUCCGCUCCGCUACACUCGCGCGCUCGGCGUCGUCGCGCCCUCACGCCCGCGCGCUCUGUACGACCCCGUUGCGUAACCGCUAUUUACGCCGACAUCCUGUUGAGUGCGAACUGCGAGCACUAGCUGCUAGCGCGACACGCUUCUCACCGCUGGCCAUCCCGCGCGCACCCGUCAUGAAUCCAUACGAACACAACUCUAAAUACAAAAGCCGUUGCCAUAGAUACUAUUACGCAUUCUAAUGGCAAAACCUAAAAACAUGUAGAAGACCGCGAGCACUGCCAAAAUCGCAUUCCUGCCAAAUAAUCUUAAGUCGAUUUUAUUAAUUAUAAAGUAGAAUUAUAACCGCUUUUUGCUUGUGUGAUGUUACUAAUAAAUAUUUCGGAGAGGUUUAAAAAGACUGAUUUUUAGUACUUAUUAAAAUAAAAUUCCUUCCAAACGUGAUAGAAUCGAGACUGCUUAAUCACUUCCACAUCGCUUUGGACCGCUAAGCUUUUAUCACAGCCGAGCGAUAAUAUUAGGGUAAAUAAUGAUAAAUUAUAACAAAUGCUCCGUUAAAAAGCAAAUCAACCGCUGUAGAUCGCUGUCCAAGGACGUCACGGUGCCGUCCUCGGAACUCCCUAACGAGCACGGGUCGUUCGUCAGCAAGAUUCGCGACAACAUCAGCUCGUGGGUGCUGUGGUGGCGUCAACGCCGUCUUCGGAUGGGCGCACCGCAGACCCCAAAGCAAAUCGAGGAGGACGAUUGCGUUCCCCGGGUGGCUAUCGUAGAAGAAGUUCGGGAGCAAGAACGGAAGCUGGAGAAGCAGCGCCGGGGGGCUCCCUCGGGGUCUCGCCGGCGCGGGCUCGAGAACGAGCUAGAGGGCGAGCGCAGGAGGCCGCACCGCAAGCCCCGGAAGAGGUCGCUGCCAAAGCUUUGCAGCCAAGAGGAGGAGGCGGGGAGACCACCACAAGGCGGAGUGGUAACCUUUGAGCCAAUUCAACACGACCACGAUUUUUGCGAGCGAGUUGUAAUCAAUGUUAGCGGACUAAAAUACGAAACCCAACUACGGACAUUAAAUCAAUUCCCAGAAACACUUUUAGGAGAUCCGUCAAGGCGGAUACGAUACUUUGACCCACUACGGAACGAAUACUUCUUUGACCGGAACCGACCCUCCUUUGACGCAAUCCUAUACUAUUAUCAGAGCGGUGGACGACUGCGGCGUCCGGUCAAUGUUCCACUGGACGUAUUCUCGGAGGAAAUCAAGUUUUACGAACUUGGCGAGCAAGCCACCAACAAAUUCCGUGAGGAUGAAGGUUUCAUAAAGGAAGAAGAGAAACCUCUCCCUUCAAACGAACGACAGCGCAAGAUUUGGCUUCUGUUUGAAUACCCUGAGAGUUCACAGGCUGCCCGAGUAGUUGCCAUUAUCUCCGUGUUUGUCAUCCUCCUCUCUAUCGUCAUCUUCUGCUUGGAAACGCUUCCAGAAUUUAAGCACUACAAGGUCUUUAACACCACAACAAAUGGUACCAAGAUUGAAGAGGAUGAAGUGCCCGACAUCACUGAUCCCUUUUUCCUCAUUGAGACUCUCUGUAUAAUCUGGUUUACGUUCGAAUUAAUAGUGCGGUUUUUAGCAUGUCCGAACAAGUUUAAUUUCUUUAGAGACGUGAUGAACAUUAUAGAUAUAAUAGCUAUCAUUCCUUACUUCAUCACUCUGGCCACCGUGGUCGCCGAAGAGGAAGACACGCUGAACCUUCCCCGGGCGCCAGUAUCCCCGCAGGACAAAUCGACUAACCAAGCCAUGAGUCUCGCCAUACUUCGAGUGAUUCGUCUCGUACGAGUCUUCAGAAUCUUCAAGUUAUCCCGUCAUUCCAAAGGAUUGCAAAUCUUGGGACGAACAUUGAAAGCGUCGAUGCGAGAACUUGGACUUUUGAUAUUUUUCCUGUUCAUAGGGGUGGUCGUGUUUUCCAGCGCCGUUUUCUUUGCUGAUAAAGAUUGCCCCGAUACUAAUUUCUCGUCAAUACCUGAUGCCUUUUGGUGGGCAGUCAUUACAAUGACCACCGUCGGCUAUGGAGACAUGAGGCCGGUUGGAGUGUGGGGCAAAAUUGUCGGUUCCCUGUGUGCGAUCGCUGGCGUGCUCACCAUCGCGCUGCCGGUGCCUGUCAUCGUCUCCAACUUCAACUACUUCUACCAUCGCGAGACUGAUCAGGAGGAAAUGCAGUCCCAGAACUUCAACCACGUCACCAGCUGUCCGUACCUGCCGGGGACCAUGGGGGAACCCUAUUUAAGUGGAAAAGAAGAUGACACGGAAGAGAUACGCUGUAGUUAUUAAUUAGUUUUGUGCCAGUGUUGUGCUACUAGACUAGACUAGUGCUUAUGUUUAAUGGACCACUCAUCGACAGAGACGAUCUUUGUGAUAUUAACAAUUAAGAAAUAUUUCAAACAUUGUAAAUAGUAGAUAUAAGCUAUGGAAAAAUAAAAUAUGAUAGUGAAA